CCACUCCCCUCGCCAGCCCCUCCCCGUGUGGGAGUUCCUCCGGGAGGGCCAAUCUUCCGGGUGUAGGGGGACGCGGCGUGAUUGGAGUGGAAAUUUUUUCCAACACAACAAAUGCAACCUAUUGAAAAGACAGCUUGAGUACAAACGGGGGUGACUAAGUGAAACUUCUGAUCUCCCUUCAGAUCUUUUAACCACUGGACUUUACCCAAACCUCAAUUACCUUUACUUCCCUUCGUUUUGGUACGGUCCUUAGAGUACGGAGCCUGCAGAGGGUCCCACGCUGGAGGAGAGAGAGGAGGAGUCGGAAGAGACAUUAGAGGUCACCCAAAGCAGCCGUCCCCUCUGCAGCCUCUGAAAAGUGCUUUUCAGGUUCAUACUUAAGGAUUCAUAACUUUCUUCUGAAGAACUGAAAGUGUCCAUGUGAACUAUUUUAUUUUAUCAUACAUCUUCCUGUGUGACAGAACAUUCUUCACAAUCCAAAAGGAAAAGAAGAGACUCAUUCGGGAUGUUUGACGGUUAUGAUAGCUGCAGUGAGGACACAAGUAGCAGCUCCAGCUCAGAGGAGAGUGAAGAAGAAGUUGCUCCUUUACCUUCCAAUCUUCCAAUUAUCAAAAACAAUGGACAAGUGUACACAUACCCAGAUGGUAAAUCUGGCAUGGCUACCUGCGAGAUGUGUGGGAUGGUUGGUGUUCGAGAUGCCUUUUACUCUAAAACAAAACGUUUCUGCAGUGUUUCCUGUUCAAGAAGUUAUUCGUCAAACUCCAAGAAGGCAAGCAUUUUGGCCAGACUUCAGGUAACGGGUAAGCCUCCAACAAAAAAAGCAAAAGUUCUUCAGAAACAACCUUUAGUUGCUAAACUAGCUGCUUAUGCUCAGUAUCAAGCUACCUUGCAAAAUCAAGCAAAGACGAAAGCAGCAGUCUCCAUGGAAGGUUUCAGCUGGGGUAACUACAUCAAUAGCAAUAGCUUUAUAGCGGCACCAGUUACCUGUUUUAAGCAUGCACCUAUGGGGACCUGCUGGGGUGAUAUCUCAGAAAAUGUGAGAGUAGAAGUUCCCAAUACAGACUGCAGCCUACCUACCAAAGUCUUCUGGAUUGCUGGAAUUAUAAAAUUAGCAGGUUAUAAUGCCCUUUUAAGAUAUGAAGGAUUUGAAAAUGACUCUGGUCUGGACUUCUGGUGCAAUAUAUGUGGUUCUGAUAUCCAUCCAGUUGGUUGGUGUGCAGCCAGUGGAAAACCUCUUGUUCCUCCAAGAACUAUUCAACAUAAAUAUACAAACUGGAAAGCCUUUCUAGUGAAAAGACUUACUGGUGCCAAAACACUUCCUCCUGAUUUCUCACAAAAGGUUUCUGAGAGUAUGCAGUAUCCUUUUAAGCCUUGCAUGAGAGUAGAAGUGGUUGACAAGAGGCAUUUGUGUCGGACACGAGUGGCGGUAGUGGAAAGUGUAAUUGGUGGAAGAUUGAGACUAGUGUAUGAAGAGAGUGAAGAUAGAACAGAUGACUUCUGGUGCCAUAUGCACAGCCCCUUAAUCCAUCACAUUGGUUGGUCUCGAAGCAUAGGCCAUCGUUUCAAAAGAUCAGAUAUUACAAAGAAACAGGAUGGACAUUUUGAUACACCACCACAUUUAUUUGCUAAGGUAAAAGAAGUAGACCAGAGUGGGGAAUGGUUCAAGGAAGGAAUGAAAUUGGAAGCUAUAGACCCAUUAAAUCUUUCUACAAUAUGUGUUGCAACCAUUAGAAAGGUGCUGGCUGAUGGAUUCCUGAUGAUUGGGAUCGAUGGCUCAGAAGCAGCAGAUGGAUCUGAUUGGUUCUGUUACCAUGCAACCUCUCCUUCUAUUUUCCCUGUCGGUUUCUGUGAAAUUAACAUGAUUGAACUUACUCCACCCAGAGGUUACACAAAACUUCCUUUUAAAUGGUUUGACUACCUCAGGGAAACUGGCUCCAUUGCAGCACCAGUAAAACUAUUUAAUAAGGAUGUUCCAAAUCAUGGAUUUCGUGUAGGAAUGAAAUUAGAAGCAGUAGAUCUCAUGGAGCCACGUUUAAUAUGUGUAGCCACAGUAACUCGAAUUAUUCAUCGUCUCUUGAGGAUACAUUUUGAUGGAUGGGAAGAAGAGUACGAUCAGUGGGUAGACUGUGAGUCUCCUGACCUCUAUCCUGUAGGGUGGUGUCAGUUAACUGGAUAUCAACUACAGCCUCCAGCAUCACAGUCAUCAAGAGAAAGCCAAUCAGCUUCAUCAAAACAGAAGAAAAAGGCUAAGUCCCAGCAAUACAAAGGACAUAAGAAAAAGAGGAAGAUGCCAGUUGGGAAGAAGCCUGUCAGUUUGUCGAGCCUGCCCAUGACAGGCGGGGUGCGGAGGAGCUUCUCUGGUGACGAAGAGUUGACUCCUCCUCCAUACCGAGCCCUGCCAGCACAGACAGCCCCAGAGGCCUUCCCACCUCCCAGCACUAGCCGAGAGUUCAGGCCCAGCCUCAAAACAGUGACUACGUUGCAGCUGAAGGAGGAGUUGCUAGAUGGAGAGGAUUACAACUUCCUUCAAGGAGCAUCUGAUCAAGAAAGCAAUGGCUCUGCCAACUUCUACAUCAAACAAGAGCCAUGAGGUGGCUCAGAAACUGAGGGUGGGAGGGGGAAAAUUUUACACAGAACUGAUUUAUAAUCCAGCUGUACAGCGGGCUAUUCUACUGGGACAUUUUGCUAAACACAGAAAAUUUCAGUUCCAGAUUUUUCAGGUGGGUAGGGAAACUAUUUUAGCCGGGUGGGGGGGAAAUUUUUCAAUUUAUAAAAAGAUGGACAAUUUUUGUGUUGUAUUUGAAGCUUUUGAAAGAAUUUUGUAAUAUUUUCCAAGUUUGGAUUUAUGUGCAUUGUUAACAAGAACUGAAAAUCUUAACUUUUUUGGUAAGAUUAAAGUUUAGGUAGCAGGAUUGAAGGAAAUGAUUUAAGAAGGAUAUAGUUGUAAAUGCAAAUGAACUGUCAUUACAAAUGAACCUUUUUGGUACCUGUUGGGAGAUUUUUGGAUUUUAGAAGUUAAGCCAGUCACAUCUCCAGCUUCCUUUGCUGCAGAAAUAUGCAACUGAACCCCUCAUGGAGGGCUCAUCACCAUGUAGAUCACGGAAGGGGUAAUUAAUUCUGCUUGAUGGCAUUUUAUUGCAGCCCAUUUUAAAUGUUUGUACAGAAAUGUUUUUCAUUCUGUGAAAAUUUAUUUGGAGUUCUAUAUGAAACUGGAAGAACUCUGGAUACAUUUAUGUGUUCUUUUAAGUAAAAAAUGAUUCAAAUUAUCCUAACACUAAAGUGUUUAAACUGGAAUGGUUGACAAGAUAUACAGGAUCUCGACAUACAUGUUGCGGGGUUAGGGAAAAUGCAAUAUUAUCCUAAGUUUAUUUUCUUUUCCUUACUAAAACAAAUCCCACAAAAAGGGAUUCUGAUUAAUUCUCUGACAUUUCCCUCCAUCUGUGAGAUAGCAACUUGGCAUGACCACACCCCAAAACGGAUGUUCUAUAUUACCAAAACAAUCAAAAGUUGUUCAAAGCCGAAAUAGGUUUAGAUUUCAAAAUCAUUCCAGCUCCACAUUUAACUAGCUUGGAUUUGUUAGAAAACUAAUUUGAAAGAGAAUUUAAUUUUCAUACAAUUCCUAUAUCUAGUAUGAAUUAUCUUUAUUUGUAGUCAGAAUUUAUUUUAACAGUAAUAACAGUAAGUGAUUUGGACCAUUUUGAACAUUCCCUAUUUUAAAAUUCACAUGGCUUCCUUUAAAAUUAGGGUACAAGGGUAAAUUGGUGAAAGGUUUGCUGUUUUCUAACCUUCUACCGAGUUGUGACUGAAUGAGAGAGCUCUAGCGUUUACCAGUGAGGUUCAUAAACUAAACUCUCAGGAAUUCAUUGCAUCUGUUGUAGAAGUGCUUCUGGGUCUUAGCCUGGCCUCUUCAGAGUGAUAAUACUGACCAUCUCCUCUGGAAUAUAGGCAGGGCUAAUUAGAAAUUAAUCAAAAUGAUUAACCUCUACAGUCCUUCAGCCUAUGAAAUGCUUUAAAAAAUGUUAGAAAGUCCCAGGAGACCAUUUUAGGUAAGAUUUUUGUUUGAAUUUUAAAAUGCAUAGAACGUUUAAAACCAGCAAUUUAUUUUCUAAAAUAUUGCUCUACUUUUGGGAAUAAUAGCAUUGGUAAUACGCACAGGUUUACCUCAUUCUAUGCAAGAGGGGUUAAUAUCAUAAGAUUUUGUAGUAGCUACUGGAAGUAAAAUGUGUUACUUUAUAAUGUAAGAAUGUAUGGAAUCGCAUGUCACCAUUUCUUAAUACUGACUCUUUGGGGGCAUAAAUGCAGAUCACAUCAACGCAAGUUGAUUCUCGUGUCAAAUAUAUGUGAAUUCAGCUGUAAAUUACUGGAUAUCUUAAACAACAUUGCUGAGAGGGACCUACCAUAAAUGUGACAUCCUCACACUUCCCAAAUCUUGAACUUCGAAGAAUCUUCCCAUAAACUUAAAGCCUAGAAGAGUUCCAAGGCAAAGGGUACAGCAGUCUUUAUUCUCAGGCUCAGUGGAUUAAAUACAGGACUGUGGCUCCAUGAUGCAGGCUCAAGAAGCCUGUGGUGUACUCUAGGAGUACCUUGGGUGUAGGAGCCCUCUGGGGAACUGAAUAAACCAGGAGGGAUGUGAUUUGGAGCCAGCCAGUCCUGGUAAUUAGUUCUGUGAAUGCUCAUCUGUAGCCAGGUUUUAUAAGCUUCCAGUUCUAUAGCAAAAACCAGGCUCUGAGUGUUUUAGGAUUUCCCAUAUACUCAUGAAGUGUUUUUUGUCUUGAUCCAGUGACCAACAGUUAAGGGUUGGUAAGGACUUCCUACAGUCUAAAUACAACCUGAAGCCCUCCUCAUUACUCAUACUCUAACUCCUGCUGCUGAGAACAGAAAAUAAGUCAAUGCAGAGGAGAUAUAUGUCUCAGCCAUAACUCUUGAUUGUACAACUCAGUAGACCCAUUCUCUUACGGUUCACAGUGUACUGCUGACCUUGGGUUUGUUUUUGUUUUUGUUUUCCUGUUAGGAUUACUUGGGGACUUUUGGUAGUUUAAACUCUUUAACCUUUUCCUUGCUGUGUAUGAGGAAAGCUAAAGCUGUUAUCAACUUCUUAUUCUACGGAUACUAACACGGGUUUUCAGUGUUUGUUUGUUUUAUUAUUAUUAAUUUUGUGUGAUGUGAAUACCCUCUCCCAUCAAUAUUUGUAUUAUGGUGCUAUAUAUUUGGUAAUGAUCCUUUAAUAUUGGGAAGGGAUUUUAAAAAUACUGUGAUUAAACUGGGUUUCUUCCUUUGAUUUUCAUAUUUUAAAUAAAGCCACAGUCAUUUAUACAAAAGAAAAGCAUCUCUCUGUUCCUAGGCAAAUCUUUUGAGGACAGAGAUCAAAGUAAACUGCAUAAGGUUUUUACAUCAUUUCUGUAUGUAUUUGAUAUAUAGAUCAAUAUCUGUACAAAUUUAAUCUUUUAUUUUCUGGUAACUUGUGAUCAUUGAGAAAGUGUUUGAAACUUUCUCAUGAAGUGUAUAUAAUGGCGUGAAAAAUUCCUUCAGAGAAAUUUAUGUUCCUUUCAUUUUUACCAAAUUGCAAAUUUUCAGCAUGGAUGUGAAAAGCAUUAAAAUUAUAACUUUGUGUACAAGAUUAAAAUAAUUCACUAAAUUUGCCCUUUUUUACACAAAAUAAAAUGUUAAAGUU